CCAGAGGACUCUUGCGCGGAAAGCGCAUGCGCACUCGAGUCCACAAGAGUGAAGUUAUAUCAGCAGUGUUUGACAGCAGAAGGCGCGUGCAUGUGUUUACUGUUGGGUUGCCACCCACACCAUCAGGAGCGAUUUUAGAAUAAAUCAUGAAGAUCGCUGUUCUCGGCGCGACUGGUCAGACCGGGCAGCAGCUGGUCCAUCAGGCUCUCCAACAGGGACACUGCGUCACGGCCGUCGUCAGAAACCCGGGGAAACUGACGCUGACGCACGAGAACCUCAAGGUGGUUGAAGCAGACAUUUUCUCAGAAGACAGCCUGAAACCGCACUUCAAAGGUCAGGAUGCUGUGUUGUCCUGUCUUGGCUUUCCAAUCUCAUUUUUGUAUGGAGUCACUGGCUACACUCAGUCUAUGAAGGCAGCAUUAAAUGCUAUGCGUGAAGUCAAAGUCAAUCGAAUCAUCACCAUGACCUCAUGGUACACUGACCCUGAUUCAGGCUCCAAUUCUUCCUAUCUCAUCCGCUUCAUGUUGCUUCCCAUGAUUAGAAGUGUUUUGAACAACAUGUAUGAAAUGGAAAACUUUCUCAAGCAGACUGACGACAUCAACUGGACUGUUGUCCGUCCUCCUGGUCUGAAGAAUAUGCCAACAACAGCCAAUGAGUUCCUCACUCAUGAAGGUUAUUAUGUCCCUGAUGAAAAUGGUCUGCCGGUCGGUCAGUCUGUGUCCAGAGGAGAUGUGGCUCGUUUCAUGCUCUCUUUACUCAGUAACAAUGCUUGGAUGAAGAAAGCUGUUGCUAUCAUCACCAAAUGAGUUUGCACUUCACUUUAUCAUUAGUUUUAUAUCACUUUCCAAAGAGCUUUAAACUGUUUAAUUCAGUUGAUAAAACAUUGUAACUUACAGUACUUAUUCAGUACAUCUGGCUUUAUGUCACACAUAGCAGUUAGCAAAGACUGUCAGACUAGCAAAUAAUAUGCAAAUAAUAUGUUUGUCAUAUACAUACAUUUUCCAUGUACUGCUUUUAAAAGGAUUUAAAGGGGUUUCUCAAUACCAAAGAAGAGUUAGCAGAAUUACAAGAAAAUGUAAUUCAUAAAACCAUAAAACAUUUUGUUGUCCAUUGUUUGGGAUAUUUUGUAAUGUAAAUGGGUAUUGAAAAGAAAAUGAAGAGCAAAGAAACGACAAUUAACUGCAUGUGCUCUUUUCUUCUUCUCAAACAUACUGUAUAUGAAUUGUGGAAUUAAAUGUCAACAGCCACAUUUUUAAUAAGAAAACGUACUCAUCUAUAAUCAUUAUUAGUUUACUAAUAUCAAGCCUACUGUAUAUGCAUAUUCAUUUAUGUUGAUUUACAGCAUAACACAAAACACAUCAGUGUUGUGAAGGCCUUUCUAACUUUUCUCAUUAAGAGUUUUACAGUAUAUUACUGACAGUACAUGAACAUCAUUAGGAAAACUUUCUUGACCUUCUAAGCUAUAAUCCUGUCUAAAGUGCAGGUUAUUGAUUUUUAUUAUUUUACUUUGUUUUGAAUAUUUUAUGUUCAUUUAUGUAUUACAUAUCUAUUGUUUUUUUACAGCACUAUAUACAGAUUUUGCCGUUUUACAUUUACUUUACAUAAAUUUUAGAAGUCAGAAUCUUAGAAGUUUAGUUUAAAAUUAUGGCUAUAUCUGAAAGUUAAAUAGUGCAUCAGCACACUGAUUUUAGCCUACUAUUAAAUAUAUCGUUGUAUGAAAAUGUACAAACGCAUCAAUGAAGCACACUACAACAGAAAAUAAUAAAAUGUCUUUAGAGAAGACCUGUAGUUCCUAACAGAAACCAAUAGAUGGCUCUUCACAUUGCUUAAAGCCACUGGAAGUACAGGCAUGCAUUUGGUGAAACAGCCAGUUUAGCUUGGACACACAGAAAUCUGAUUUUGAGCCAAAUUCUUGGUGACCUUCUUUGCCAAUAUUGCUGGUUGAUUGUUGAUGAGCAGGUGAAUGAAUUAAAUUGUCUUAAGAUGCAGUCUGCUUUGAACUUUAUGCAACUGUUGUGAAACAAGUGUCUUAUGACCACAUGAGUGCAGUGUUGCUCUGUUAUUAAUAAACCGCUUGUUUACCCUG